AUGUCUCGACCUGAAUUUUCGAACUCUAGUAGCCCCCACACUGAAAAUCUUAAAAACCUCCUCAGCUUUAUUUCUCAAGACAAGGAAACCUCUAGGCCAACUCCUAAGCGGCAAAAGAUACUUGACGUACAUAAAUUUGGUCAGCUUCCUACCGAAAAUAACAUCGACCAUAUAAUCGUCAAUCAAUCUACUCUUGAGGUACAAUAUGUGCAUCCUAGAUUUACAAAUGAAACCAAGACUAUAAAAAGAUAUAAUAUAGAGCCAUAUGUUCACUGGACGCACUUGCCAUAUCCAGAAUACAUUGAAAUCAAAGACGAUACGGGUAACCCACUGAUUCGUUUCUCAAUUCCUCCCGAGGAAGAUCGACCUGAUAUUUUCACUGCAUUAUUGGUUAAUAAAUUUAAGAAAAAAUCUACAAUAACUCAUGGAUAUCUCUGGACAGAAUUUGAUAUCGCUCUAGUUAGAGAGAAUACCUCUGAUACUGUUCUGUUAAGUCUUACUAUCAAAUGGGAAAUAACAGCAAUACCAAAUGAUAUAACAUCAACCGGUCGUAAAAAUAAUGCCUUGAAUCGAGUUCUAGAUCUCUACUUUCCCGAUUCACGAAUCGUUAAAGGGGAAAGAUGGUCACCUCAGGACUUUUACGCAAGUGCUUACUCUACCCAAAGUACUACAUCUACAAAAUCCUUCGUGGUACCCAAUGUAACCUUUAAUUUGUAUCCAUUUCAAAAGAGAACGGUACAGUGGCUACUCUGGCGAGAAGGCACCAUUUGGUCUCAUGAUGGCUCUACAAAGAAACUGAACUCUGAUAAAACCACAUUGAGCAUCCCUGAGUCAUUUAUUGAAGUCACUGAUUUUAUGGGCCGCAAGUGUUUUGUGAGUCACUUAUUUGGGAUUGUAACCUUGGACUUUAUCCCUUUUUUAGAAUCAGAAAAUACGAUAAAUGGAGGAAUAUUAUCUGAGGAAAUGGGGCUCGGAAAAACGAUCGAAAUGAUUAGCUUAAUUACUCUUCAUAAACGCCCAAGUAUUUCCUCGGAGGAAGCGAAGCGCUACAAACAGAUGGAGACCCUCCCUACUUCAUCUACUUUAAUAAUCACACCACCAUCAAUUCUCCCGCAAUGGAUCAAUGAGAUAAUGCGAUAUGCACCCUCACUCAAAUUUAUGCAUUACAAGGGCAUAAAGGGGCACAAGGAUAAAGAUUCCUCCGAGCUUCUCUCUACACUCGCAAGUUCUGACAUAGUCAUAUCAACCUAUUCGGUAUUAGCAGCAGAAAUUCAUUACACUCAGCUCAAUCCAGAAAAAAGCCUCCGACAUCAGCGAAAAUAUGCGCGACCAAAAUCUCCAUUGAUGAUGCUAAAUUGGUGGCGCUGUAUGAUUGACGAGGCACAAAUGAUAGAUAGUGGGGUAAGCAAGGCUGCAGUUUUGGCAAGGUUAAUCCCCCGUGUGAACGCGUGGUGUAUAUCUGGCACGCCAAUUAAAAAAGAUGUCGACGACCUUAGAGGGCUCUUUAUUUUCCUCAAACAUGAACCUUAUGCUUCGAACAAACAUAUAUGGCAAGCUUUGAUAACUUCCCAUAAGCAUGUUUUCAAAAAACUUGUCAAAAAAAUUGCAAUCCGCCAUUCCAAACGAAGUGUUAGUGACGAAUUUAGACUACCAGCGCAAAAAAGGUUUGUUAUCAAGGUGCCGUUUACACCAGUCGAGAAACAGCAUUAUCAGGAGCUUUACUUUAAAAUGUGUGCUGAAUCUAGUCUUGAUAUCCAAGGUAUUCCUCUCGUCAAAGACUGGAAGAUAGACCUCUAUUCUGACACUAUGCGCAAAUGGCUUAUUCGUUUAAGACAAGCAGCCCUUCAUCCUCAAAUAGGUAACAGAAAUCGAAAUGAACUAGGCUGCAGAGAUAAAACACUCCGUACAGUUGACCAAGUUUUAGAAGCUAUGAUGGAACAAACUGACUCUUCCAUUCGAACAGGCCAGCGAAUACUACAUACUUUAAAGCUAAAACGUGGACAAUUUUAUGAGAACUCUCCUAGAGUGGUUGAAUCUCUUGAAAUCUGGUCAGAAGUAGCUAAUGAUUCUUCCUUUUUCGCCCAAGAAUAUCGUCAAGAAAUAGAUCGAGAGCUCUUAAACUUUGAAGUUAAUUCUAACUCCACUAGCAAAGAUGAAAGUGGAAACUCCGAUGUUAAAAACAAAAGUAAAAGACUGGAAGAUCCGGCAUCUCGAAUCACAAUGUUACGCAACCGUUUGAGAGGAGCUUUGGAAAUUCAGCAUACAGCCAUAUUCUUUUGUGCCAAUGCCUAUUUUCAGAUUAGGUCCAAUGAAACUUUGACAAAACCAGACUCAGAUGAAUUUCAAAGACUUGAAAACCUUGAAAUACAGGGUUAUGAAGAUGCAAAGAGGUUGCGACGUGAAAUUCAUCAGGAAAUAUGUUCUAAGGUUGAACACCAUACAAAAAAACUUGAAAAUAUGGAGGCUUUGAAAGCAUUUGUUGAGGUUCCAAGAUUCACUACAUUAAGAUUUGAUGAGAGUAUUGAGAUGCAAAAAAUUAUGAAGAAACUGGAUGGACUGGCUGUUUGCCUUAAUUCCCAGUCUGAUAUCAUAAGUAAGUGGAGAGAGUCUACAGUUCAAAUUCUGCUUCAGCCUCUAGUUGACGAGGAUGAUGGAUUGAAUCUUACCGGAAAUGAAUACGAAAAUUCUACGUUAGUCCAAGAAGAAUUAAUGGUCUAUAUACAAGCCCUUCGAACUAUUAUCAGUGACAGGCUUCAUGUCUUGACAGGUCAAACUAGCAAACUAGUCACCGAUGAAGUGAGGACAACUUUACGAUUAGCACAUAAUGGCGAAGGCAUAUAUCCUGAGAAGGUUAUCGAGUUGCUUGGAAUCCGAGAUCAGGCCAAACCAGUAAAAAUUGGUUCUAUCCGUGGAACUGUUAACGAACUCCGUGCUAUUGUAAACUCACUGAAAAUUGAGGCAAAUAAGAGUGGCUUUAAGGCACAGGAAAAAUUAACAUCCUACGAGCGGCAUCUAAAGCAUAUCCAGGAGCUCCUGACGCAGAAUCUCAAAGUUACAAUCGUGCUAGAAAAAGAAGUAGAACUCUUCACGAGUAUCAUGAAUAAUCGACUUGAGUAUUAUCGCCAGCUUCAGCAAAUAUCGGAUAUGGUGGCUCCAUAUCAAGGGCCAAGUGAUGAAAAGGCGCUAUCUAAGAUCCAAAAUGAUGAAAACUUAGUAAAAAAUCAAGUAGCGAUGUCCAAAUCUAAGUUACGUUACCUCGAACAUCUUCGGAAAGAAGCCAACAACCCUCAGGAGGAAAAAAUCUGUGCAAUCUGUCAAGAAACAUUCAAUAAUGGUGCAAUAACAGCUUGCGGACACCAAUAUUGUGAAGAGUGCAUUUCCAUGCUACGAUCAUGUAAGUCUUCUUCUUGUGUCACUAGUAUCUGGACUAAUGCUACUUAA